GGUUUACAUGAAAUGCUGCGGCCCCCCGCGCAGCGCCUUGCUGCCGCCAGAGACGGGGCCAGACGGUUCCUGCUGCUGCAGCAGCAGCAGCUGCAGCAGCAGCAGCAGCAGCAAAGUCUGCACAGGGGCCACCUGCUGCGCCAACUGCAACAAUGGAAGCAAUGCGUAACGCCCAAGCAGCUCCUGCAGCAGCAGCAGCUGCUGCUGCAGCAGCAGCAGCAGCAGCGGCUGCUGCUGCAGCAGCAGCAAGCGCUCUGUCGUCGGGGCCUCGCAACGUUCUCCCGCUUCAGCCGGCACCCACCAAAUCCAGCAGCAGCAGCAGCAGCAGCAACGCAGCCAGCAGCAGCAGCAGCUGCUGCGCAGCCAGCAGCAGCAGCAGCAGUUGCUGCUGCUGCUGCUGCACGGCAUAGCCGGUUCUCCCGUGGGCCUGCGACUCCGCAGCAGCAGCAGCAGCAGCAGCAGCAGCAGCAGCAGCAGCGAAUUCCUUCUCCUGGAAAGGAUAUGCCGCCGCUGUCUCUUUCAGAGGCUUUGUACCUGGCCAAAGAGGGGGGCUGCUUCACAGUCAAGGAGCUGCAGAAGAUAGUCCUCACUGCCCCCUCCUUCUCCUCAGACUCGUCUCCGUUUCUUCUCGAGAACUUCUUCAGGUCUCUGGGAUCGGACGAUCCCAACGAUCCCAACGAUCCCACCGAUCUCAGUGGGGAGACACUGGAGACCGGAGACAGUCCCGAAGAGACACAGACAAACGCAGCUGAGCCAGCAGCAGCAGCAGCAGCAGCAGCAGCAGCAGAUGGGCUGCUGAGGGCUCACACCUUCGAGCACGGCGGCCGCGUGUGGCUCUGCUCCGCCAUGGGCCAGGGGACUCGCAAAAGAGCAGCAGCAGUGGCGCUGCUGACGAGGGGCACGGGGCAGGUGCGGGUGUGCGGGCGGGAGGAGGUGUACACGCGUUGGCCGUACGCGUACAACCGCAUGGAAGUGCUGCAGCCGCUGCUGCUGACUGCUGCAGCAGGACUUUUCGACGUGGACAUUCAAGGGGGGGGGGGGGGCCCCUCGGGGCAGGCUGGGGCGGCCAGGCUGGCGGUGGCGAGGGCCCUCGCGGCGGCCUGCGAGGACUGCAGGCCCGCGCUGCAGGAAGCCAUGAUGCUCUAUGAGGACACCAGGCAGCGCAUGCCCAAGAUGCCAGGAAGGAUGAAGGCCCGCAAACAGAGACAGUGGUCCAAGCGCUGA